AUGCUAAUUCGCUCCCGUGCUCGCCACUCCAUAUCCGACAUCUUUAAUAGCUCUAUCACUGAGGACGUGGUACCUGGUCUACAGAAGCUUACAAUUAAAGUCUCAAUUCCCAAAACAAAUCCACCAGAUUCUCUCGAUGACCCUAGGCCUACAUCACUAACACCUAUUCCGUGCAAAAUACUCGAGAGAAUAAUUGCUAAGGAAUUGUGGAAAGCAUUCAUCCUCAGAUUAGAUCAUCGCCAAUUCGGAAACAUCAAGUGUAGCUCCAGUGUCCACUACCUAGUUGACCUGAACAAUUACAUCACUUCAAAUUUAGACAAGCGACUUGAGGUCACCGCCGUCCCCAUCGACCUGCGGAAAGUAUUUGAUAUCGAUCACACCACCUUAAUCAAGAAUAUGAUUUCCCUGGGUUUUCACGAGGGCUGGGAGAAAUGGGGCUCCCAGAGGACUCGUGCAAACAACAAAACAUCAGAUGAAACUGAUCUUCACUGCGGUGCCCCUCAAGGAACUGUCCUCGCCCUAAUCUACAAACAUGUGGACGACAUGAAACACAAUCACAAACGAGAGCAAAGCAACAUCUCGUUACAAGACGCCCUCAACCAAGUGUCAGAGUGGGCAUCAUCAAACAAAAUGUCUGUCAACACCAAGAAGUGCACGGAAACGUAA